GAAGGCGCAGAGCAGACCCGAGCCCAGCCGAGCCGAGCCGGGGCCCAUGUGGGGAGGAUCCGGAGCCGCCGUUGCCGCCGCCAGGACCAGCGGGACCCGAGGGGGAGUGAGGGGGAGACGGCAGCAUGAAGUUCGCCGAACACCUCUCCGCGCACAUCACUCCCGAGUGGAGGAAGCAGUACAUCCAGUAUGAGGCUUUCAAGGAGAUGCUGUAUGCAGCUCAGGACCAAGCCCCCUCUAUAGAAGUUACAGAUGAGGACACAGUGAAGAGAUAUUUUGCCAAGUUUGAAGAGAAAUUUUUCCAAACCUGUGAGAAGGAACUUGCCAAAAUCAAUACCUUCUAUUCAGAAAAACUCGCUGAGGCUCAGCGCAGAUCCGCGACCCUUCAGAAUGAGCUCCAGUCCUCAUUGGAUGCACAGAAAGAAACCACUGGUGUUACUACUCUGCGACAGCGCAGAAAGCCAGUCUUCCACCUUUCCCACGAGGAGCGCGUCCAACAUAGGAACAUCAGAGAUCUAAAACUGGCCUUCAGCGAGUUCUACCUCAGUCUCAUCUUGCUGCAAAACUAUCAGAAUUUAAAUUUCACAGGGUUCCGAAAAAUCCUGAAAAAGCAUGAUAAGAUCCUCGAGACAUCCCGAGGAGCAGAUUGGCGAGUGGCCCAUGUGGAGGUGGCACCGUUUUACACCUGCAAGAAAAUCAACCAGCUCAUCUCUGAAACUGAGGCGGUGGUGACCAAUGAACUUGAAGAUGGAGACAGGCAAAAGGCAAUGAAACGCUUACGUGUACCACCUCUCGGAGCAGCUCAGCCUGCACCAGCAUGGACUACUUUCCGGGUGGGCCUGUUCUGUGGAAUAUUCAUUGUGCUGAACAUUGCGCUUGUGCUUGCAGGUACAGUUAAGAUUCACAAAGAACAGUCAGUGUGGCCCCUAGUAAGAAUCUACCGAGGCGGCUUUCUCCUGAUUGAAUUUCUUUUUCUCCUGGGCAUCAACACCUAUGGUUGGAGGCAGGCCGGUGUGAAUCAUGUGCUCAUCUUUGAACUCAAUCCCCGUAGCAAUUUAUCACAUCAGCAUCUUUUUGAGAUUGCUGGAUUCCUCGGGAUUUUGUGGUGCCUGAGUCUGCUGGCAUGCAUAUUUGCUCCAUUUGGCAUCCCCAUACAGGUGUAUCCACUUGCCAUCUAUGGAUUUAUGAUUCUCUUCCUCAUUAACCCCACCAAGACCCUUUACUACAAGUCUAGGUUUUGGCUACUCAAACUUUUGUUUCGGGUGUUCACAGCCCCUUUCCAUAAGGUAGGCUUUGCUGAUUUCUGGCUGGCCGAUCAGCUGAACAGCCUGGCAAUGAUACUUAUGGACCUGGAAUAUAUGAUCUGCUUCUACAGCUUUGAGCUCAAAUGGGAUGAUGAUAAGGGGCUGUUGCCAGAAAAAAUGGGAGGACCUGACAUCUGCAACAAAUACUCCUACGGAGUGCGAGCCGUUGUCCAGUGCAUCCCUGCUUGGCUGCGGUUCAUCCAGUGCCUGCGCCGCUACCGAGACACCAAAAGGGCCUUUCCCCACCUGGUCAAUGCCGGCAAAUAUUCCACAACUUUCUUUAUGGUGACAUUUGCCGCCCUUUACAGUACUCACAAAGAUCAAAAUCACUCAGACACCACAGUGUUCUUUUACCUGUGGAUUAUCUUCUAUUUCAUCAGUUCCUGCUAUACCCUCAUCUGGGACCUAAAGAUGGACUGGGGUCUCUUUGACAAGAAUGCUGGUGAAAACACCUUCCUCCGAGAGGAGAUUGUCUAUCCACAGAAAGCCUAUUACUAUUCUGCUAUCAUAGAGGAUGUGAUUCUUCGCUUUGCUUGGACUAUCCAAGUUUCACUCACCACCAUGGAUAUUUUCCCUUAUGCUGGGGACAUCAUCUCUACUGUCUUUGCACCCCUUGAGGUGUUUCGGCGGUUUGUAUGGAAUUUUUUCCGACUGGAAAAUGAGCAUCUGAACAACUGUGGUGAAUUCCGUGCUGUCCGGGACAUCUCUGUGGCACCCUUGAAUGCAGAUGAUCAAACCCUGCUCGAGCAAAUGAUGGACCAGGAAGAUGGUGUACGGAACCGUCAAAAGAGCAAGUCCUGGAAGUGUAACCAGAGUUUAGCCUUGCGCCGUCCUCGUCUGGCUUCUCAAUCCAAGGCCCGUGACACUAAGGUGUUGAUUGAGGACACAGAUGAUGAAGCUAACACAUGAAUUUCCCACAUCCCUUGUUCCACAUCCCCUGUUUUCUUGCUCUACCACCCUUUCCCCAACCAACUCAACCUCUGGUACCGUUUCCAGCUGAAAACAGGAGAAGACACUUAACACACUUUCCGAGCUCUUCCGGACCGGAUCCUAUGGACUCCAAACAAGCUCACUGUGUUUCUUUUCUUUUCUUGUGGUUUAAUUUUAAUUUUCUAUUUUUAAAAUAAAUAUUUACUUCAUUUUGCCAAUCAGAGGACAGUUUAAGGAAAAAUAACAAAGUAUCCUAAUGAUUGUUUACAAUCACAUCAAGGACAUAGAAACCUAUCCAGAUGAAGAACAGACGCAGCAAGGACUCCCUGAUGGGACAGUACCAAAUUUAAUCAGCGUCUGCUUGGCCCCGGUUUUGACUGGUUGAAACCGGACCUGGGUUUUUAAAUUCCUUUGUCGAUUUAUUUGGGUUUUUUUUUUCUUUCUUCCUUUCUUUCCUUCCUUCCUUCCCUUCUUUCUUUCUUUCAUUCAUAUUCAGCGCAAAGGCACUGGCUGCACUUGCCGGGAAAGUGCAUUUAGAGCAGUACCUUCAUCCACAAAGCGACUUUUUAAUUUGAUGUAACUUUUCUUAUUUUGGGGAAGGUAUCGGUGGGUGGGAAAUAAGAUAUAUUUGUUGCAUAUAGUUUUCACAUUAUUUAUGAUACCUAACCAUAAGAGAAUGAUUUGAGUCCUGUGCAAUGAAGGUAAUAGUAGAAAGGGUGGGGGAAUCUACUCUGAAGGGUUUCAUGAGAGUUCCGCCCUGCAAUACCUCUUUCACCAGACAACUUGCACCAGUUUGACUUUCUCUUCUUUUCCUUUCUCUUAAACCAAAGUUUCUAUUUCUGAUUUUUAGUUGCUGCUGCUUUGGAAGCCCGAACACACCUCUACCAAGGUGUCUUGAUAGAGUCACUAUCAGAUUUCCCAUGAUCUGGGUGAAAAUAGUACAGGAGAUUCUGAGAAUUUUUUUUUAAAAGAAACAAGGAGAUUGCCUCUGUUUGCCUAUGUCUCAUGCAGAACUGGGGAAAUAGGCAGAUUGUGUAGCAGAGCACGCUUGGCAUUAGGGCCCUAGGACCAUGAGCCUUUUCAAAUUUGGAUUAGAAGCCAAGGCUUGCAGUGUGUUCCUGCUCAAGCCAGAAUUCAAGCAGAUAGGAGUCUGAGCAAUGCCACGUUUUUGGGCACGUGAUAGAUGGUGUUAAAAUCUUUGUCCCUUUAAUUGCACUGGCUGCUGAGGUGUCUUUGUCAUUUAUUCCAAGAGUUAUGAAGAGAUGGCCAUUGGGAGCCUGUGCUUUGUUUACUGAGCCUGCAUUUGUUGGAAAGUGUAAAUUCCUGCUCUGACAUUACUUUUUAUUCCAACCUCUCAAAUUUCUCUCGCUUAUCUCUUCCCCCUCAGAAUAAGACCUAAAGUCCACCUAUAAUUCCAUGUGGAUUAACUGGGAUAAGGAACACUCCUACCCCAAAGUAAUUAAUAGUGGUGCCAGUGUAAAGUAAGAAGGGUUUUGUUCCCCUAGCCCAGACCUGAAUGAACUCCCCUUCCUCACUAGGUGGUUUAUGGCUUAGAUAAUACUGAAUAAUAAUUGGCAGCCCCUCUUCCUGGCCAGCUAUGCUACAUGUAGGGUUAAAUCAGUGGGGUACAUGCAGGGAAGCCAUUUCUAUUGUUUUCAGCUUAAAAUUUAAAUCCACACAAAUGGAAGAGCCAGCUGUUAUCACUAACUCCAUUUGAAAGAACACAUGGUCACCGUCACUGUAAUUUUGCCUACUUUGUUGUUCUAAAACUGAACCCCACAAUAUGACAAUUAAUACCAGAAGACAAACAUAGGCAGUUACUAUUACUGUUUAAGUCAGGAAAUGGACACAUAACAUAUAGUUGGGGAUCUUUUUUUAUUUUUUAAUUUUGAGUGACACCCUUCUAUGUUUUGAAUUUGCCCCAGCUCAAGUAUCUACAAUUUUCUCCUUCUUCUUCUCUGUCCAUAAGGUUUUUAUUGCUUAUUGUGUUUGCUAAGAAUGCCUCUCAUGCAGAAAAACUGAGGUUCGACAUUUUAAUGUUUUUCUUCUUUUUAAUUUAAAUAAACCAUUUGUUGUUUUUAAUCGUCA